CAGUGUCGUUGCGCAGCUUCGCCAGUGAACCUCGCUGUGAACGCAUAAAGCGACACGUCGUCGGUAUAAAAAGCCGACAUUGCUGUGCAGCGUGUAGUAUGGUCGGGUUCGUGUAGCAAGUAGCAUCUCUAUACAACCAUGUCUACAUCAGAUUCGAAAGCUCCGUUGAGGACGGUCAAACGAGUCCAGUUUGGCAUUCUUUCUCCAGAUGAAAUCCGACGCAUGUCUGUUGUCGAAAAUGGCAUUGCCUUUCCGGAAACGAUGGAGGGUGGAAGACCAAAACAAAGAGGUCUCAUGGACCCACGACAAGGUGUCGUUGACAGAAAUUCUCGCUGUCAGACUUGUGCCGGCAACAUGACUGAAUGUCCUGGCCACUUUGGUCAUAUUGAUUUAGCAAAACCUGUAUAUCAUAUUGGAUUUAUUACAAAAACCAUGAAGAUUUUAAGAUGUGUUUGCUUUUACUGUUCCAAACUGCUGGUCAGUCCGCAAAAUCCUAAAAUCAAAGAAAUUAUCAUGAAAUCCAAGGGUCAGCCACGAAAACGUUUAGCGUUUGUAUACGAUUUGUGUAAGAGCAAAAAAAUUUGUGAAGGAGGUGAUGAAAUGGAUAUGUCUAAAGAAGGACAAGCACCCGAUCCAAAUAAAAAACCAAGUCAUGGUGGAUGUGGGCGAUAUCAACCAAAUCUUCGAAGAUCUGGUUUGGAUAUUUCUGCUGAAUGGAAAGAAGUUAAUGAAGAUUCACAGGAGAAAAAAAUGAUGUUGACUCCAGAAAGAGCUUGGGAAAUUCUCAAAGCUAUUACUGAUGAAGAAUCAUUUAUUUUGGGUAUGGAUCCCAAGUAUGCCAGGCCAGAUUGGAUGAUAAUAACAGUGUUACCAGUACCACCUCUUGCUGUCCGACCAGCUGUUGUUAUGUACGGUUCAGCUAAAAAUCAAGAUGAUUUAACCCACAAACUUGCUGAUAUAAUUAAAGCAAACAAUGAGCUAUCGAAAAAUGAAACAAGUGGAGCUGCUGCACACAUACUGAUAGAAAAUUUAAAAAUGCUUCAAUUCCAUGUAGCUACGCUUGUUGAUAAUGACAUGCCAGGAAUGCCUAGGGCUAUGCAAAAAUCUGGAAAACCGCUAAAAUCUAUCAAGGCCAGAUUGAAGGGUAAAGAAGGUCGCAUUAGAGGUAACCUUAUGGGUAAACGUGUAGAUUUUUCUGCACGUACAGUUAUCACACCUGAUCCAAAUUUGAGAAUCGAUCAAGUUGGUGUACCACGAAGUAUCGCACAAAACUUGACUUUCCCAGAAAUUGUCACUCCUUUUAAUGAGACAUACAUGAAAUCUCUCGUGCAAAGAGGACAUAAUCGUUAUCCUGGUGCCAAGUACAUUAUAAGAAACAAUGGAGAUCGUAUUGAUUUACGCUUUCAUCCCAACCCAUCAGAUUUACAUUUAGAGUAUGGAUACAAAGUAGAAAGGCACAUAAAAGAUGGUGAUUUAGUAAUAUUUAAUCGGCAACCUACUCUUCACAAAAUGAGUAUGAUGGGUCACAGAGUCAAAGUCUUGCCAUGGAGUACAUUCCGGAUGAAUUUAAGUUGUACGUCACCUUACAAUGCAGAUUUUGAUGGAGAUGAAAUGAAUUUGCAUGUACCACAAUCAAUGGAAACCAGAGCUGAAGUAGAAAAUAUUCAUGUGACUCCCAGACAAAUUAUAACUCCACAAGCAAACAAACCAGUUAUGGGAAUUGUGCAAGAUACAUUAACAGCUGUCAGAAAAAUGACUAAGAGGGAUGUUUUUAUUGAAAAAGAGCAAAUGAUGAACUUGCUUAUGUUUUUGCCAAAUUGGGAUUGUAAAAUUCCUAAACCUUGCAUUUUAAAACCAAAACCUCUUUGGUCUGGAAAGCAAUUGUUCUCAUUAAUUAUUCCUGGUAAUGUCAACAUGAUUAGAACACACAGUACACAUCCAGAUGAUGAAGAUGAUGGUCCCUACAAAUGGAUUUCACCUGGAGAUACCAAAGUUAUGGUUGAACAUGGAGAACUUAUCAUGGGCAUAUUAUGUAAAAAAUCUCUUGGUGCCUCAGCAGGUUCUUUGUUGCAUAUUUGCAUGCUUGAGUUGGGUCAUGAGGUUUGUGGCAGAUUUUAUGGCAAUAUACAGACAGUCAUAAAUCAGUGGUUGUUAUACGAGGGUCAUUCAAUUGGUAUUGGAGACACAAUUGCUGAUCCUAAAACUUAUUCAGAAAUUCAAAAUGCUAUCAAGAAAGCUAAAGAGGAUGUCAUAGAAGUCAUUCAGAAAGCUCACAAUAUGGAACUUGAGCCCACACCCGGUAAUACUCUGCGUCAGACUUUUGAAAAUCAAGUAAACAGAAUUCUCAAUGAUGCUCGUGACAAAACUGGUGGAUCCGCUAAAAAGUCUUUGACUGAAUAUAAUAACUUGAAAGCUAUGGUCGUUGCAGGUUCUAAGGGAUCAAAUAUUAAUAUUUCACAAGUUAUUGCUUGUGUCGGACAACAGAACGUUGAAGGUAAACGUAUACCAUUUGGUUUCCGCAAACGCACAUUGCCUCACUUCAUCAAGGAUGAUUACGGUCCUGAAUCUAAAGGAUUUGUAGAAAAUUCAUAUCUUGCUGGUCUUACACCAUCAGAAUUUUAUUUCCACGCUAUGGGAGGUCGUGAAGGUCUUAUCGAUACUGCUGUAAAAACCGCUGAAACCGGUUACAUUCAGCGUCGUCUUAUAAAGGCUAUGGAGUCUGUGAUGGUUCACUAUGACGGUACAGUCAGAAACUCGGUCGGUCAGCUCAUUCAGUUGCGAUAUGGUGAGGAUGGACUGUGCGGAGAAACUGUGGAAUUUCAAAAUUUACCUACUAUAAAGCUAAGUAAUAAAGCUUUUGAGAAAAAAUUCAAGUUUGAUCCUAGCAAUGAAAGGUACCUGCGACGUAUAUUCAGUGAGGAUAUUGUUAGAGAAAUGAUGGGUUCUGGAGAAGUCGUUUCAGAAUUAGAGCGAGAAUGGGAACAACUUUCCAGAGAUAGAGCAGCUCUUAGAGAAAUUUUCCCAAGUGGGGAGUCAAAGGUUGUACUUCCUUGUAAUUUACAGCGAAUGAUAUGGAACGUGCAGAAAAUCUUCCGUAUCAAUAAACGAGCUCCAACUGACUUGAGCCCGAUAAAAGUAAUCAAUGGAGUUAAAGAACUUCUGGAUAAAUGCGUUAUUGUAGCUGGAGAAGAUCGUCUUAGCAAGCAGGCUAAUGAAAAUGCAACUUUACUUUUCCAAUGUUUGGUUCGCUCGACCUUGUGCACCAAAGUAGUUUCUGAAGAAUUCAGAUUAUCAAGUGAAGCUUUUGAGUGGUUAAUAGGAGAAAUUGAAACUAGAUUCCAGCAAGCACAAGUAGUACCAGGUGAAAUGGUUGGGGCUUUGGCUGCGCAAUCACUUGGUGAACCAGCUACUCAGAUGACGUUGAACACGUUCCAUUUUGCCGGUGUAUCGGCUAAAAACGUAACCCUGGGUGUACCACGUUUGAAAGAAAUCAUCAACGUUAGUAAAAAACCAAAGGCUCCAUCUCUAACCGUUUUCCUCACAGGAUCAGCAGCUAGAGAUGCCGAAAAAGCCAAGAAUGUCUUGUGCAGGCUUGAGCAUACUACUUUAAAGAAGGUUACCGCUAAUACAGCAAUUUAUUAUGAUCCGGAACCACAGAGCACUGUGAUUGCAGAAGAUCAAGAAUUCGUUAAUGUCUACUACGAAAUGCCGGACUUUGAUCCAACUAAAAUUUCACCGUGGCUGUUACGUAUUGAACUCGAUCGUAAGAGAAUGACAGAUAAAAAGUUGACCAUGGAACAAAUCGCCGAGAAAAUUAAUGCUGGUUUUGGUGAAGAUUUGAUGUGCAUAUUCAACGACGACAACGCCGAAAAACUUGUACUCCGCAUCCGUAUAAUGAAUGGUGAAGAUACCAAGUUUUCUGACAACACCGAUACUGAAGAAGCUGCUGAUAAAAUGGAGGACGAUAUGUUUUUGCGGUGUAUCGAAGCAAACAUGCUCAGUGACAUGACGCUACAGGGUAUCGAGGCAAUCGGCAAAGUGUACAUGCACUUGCCACAGACAGAUGCUAAAAAAAGAAUCACAAUCACAGAAAGCGGCGAAUUCAAAGCAAUUGCAGAGUGGCUACUCGAAACAGACGGUACAAGUUUAAUGAAGGUACUGAGCGAACGAGACGUUGAUCCAGUACGUACAUUCUCUAAUGACAUCUGCGAGAUAUUCCAAGUUCUGGGUAUCGAGGCCGUACGAAAAUCCGUAGAGAAAGAAAUGAACGCUGUAUUGCAGUUCUAUGGAUUAUACGUGAACUAUCGCCACUUGGCUUUACUUUGUGAUGUCAUGACGGCCAAAGGUCAUCUUAUGGCCAUCACACGUCACGGUAUUAACAGGCAAGAUACUGGAGCUCUGAUGAGAUGCUCAUUCGAAGAAACAGUAGAUGUGUUGAUGGAUGCAGCUUCACAUGCUGAAGUAGAUCCGAUGAGAGGAGUUUCAGAAAACAUCAUUAUGGGUCAGCUGCCUCGUAUUGGUACUGGUUGCUUUGAUCUUCUACUCGACGCAGAAAAAUGUAAGCAAGGUAUUGAGAUUCCAACGAACAAAGAAGCCAACAUCAUGGGUGGCACUGGAAUAUUAUUUGGAGCAGCAACCCCGAGUCAAAGUCCAUCGGGUCUCAAGACACCUUGGAUGGGAACUCCUGGCUAUGCCAUGUCUCCUGGCCUCGGCAGUGGCAUGACUCCUGGAGGUGCCUGCUUCUCACCAGCAGCUGGAUCAGAUGCAUCAGGCUUAUCGCCGGCUUAUUCUGCCUUCUCACCUGGCCAGCCAGGAAGCCCGGGCAGUCCAGGACCAAAUAUGAGCCCUUACAUGUCGCCAGCAGGAACAUCUCCAAGAUAUUCGCCAAUGAGUCCGUCCGGGUACUCGUACCCUGCAUCUCCUAGUAGAACUCCAUCGAGCGAUCAUUACUCGACGGCGUCUCCAAAUUAUUCACCAUCCAGCCCGAAAUACGUGCCGACGAGUCCAAGCUAUUCUCCAACUUCACCGAGCUACUCGCCUACUAGUCCAAGCUAUUCACCUACAUCGCCAAGUUAUUCACCAGCGAGUCCCAGCUAUUCGCCAACUAGUCCAAGCUACUCGCCUACAUCGCCUAGUUAUUCGCCGACGAGUCCGAGCUACUCGCCCACGUCACCGAGUUAUUCACCGACUAGCCCGAGCUACUCGCCUACAUCACCGAGUUACUCACCUACGAGUCCAAGCUACUCGCCAACUUCACCGAUUUACUCGCCGACGUCACCAAGCUACUCACCAACCAGUCCGAGCUACUCGCCGACGAGUCCCAGCUAUUCACCAACUAGUCCCAGCUAUUCACCAACGAGUCCGAGCUAUUCACCAACGAGUCCGAGCUACUCGCCUACGUCUCCGAGCUACUCACCGACGAGCCCGAGCUACUCACCAACGUCACCCAAUUAUACACCGGCUUCUCCAUCGUACUCGCCCUCGUCUCCAAAUUACUCACCGACGUCGCCGAGCUACUCGCCAACUUCACCAUCGUUUGCUGGUGGAACUCCUCCUCGUUACACACCAACCUCACCGACUUAUUCACCAACAAGUCCCUCAUACUCACCAACUUCACCCAGUUACUCACCAAGUUCGCCUCAACACAGUGCUAUUAGCACAAAUUACUCUCCAAGUAGUCCAAACUAUUCACCGACCUCGCCUACUUAUUCACCAUCAAGCACAAGAUACUCUCCAACUUCUCCUACGUAUUCUCCUCCGAGCUUCAAUUAUUCACCAACGUCGCCGAGUUACUCUCCAACAUCGCCAGCGUACUCACCACAAGUGCCAGGCUACUCGCCUACCAGUCCAACUUAUUCCGAGAAUUCUCCUGCCGAUGAAAACGACGAAGGUGCGACGUAAAAGUCAGGAGGCGUCGACAAUUUGACGCAUUUGGUAUCGUUGAUGCCAAUUAUGUUGGAAGUAUCUUUGCACAAAAGAUAUUUUAAUAGUAAUUUUUUUGUUACAUAUUUAACUCUAAUCAGAGUUAUAACUAUUACUGUAUAAUAGACUUCAUGUAAAUUGAAAAAAAUUGAUGGAAGUCCUUAUUUUUGUUAAGUUAGGUGAAUUUGCCCAGCAUUAUGAUUGAUUCACUUGGUGAGGGCAUCAUCUUUCUCAAUACUAUUAGAGUUGUAUUUCUAAUGAGAUUAUAUAUAAGAAAACUACAAAUAAGAAAAUUUAUUUUCUACUGAAUAGACCAUAAGUGAUUGUUUACAUUAAAUAAAUCUUUUUGUUAUAUUUAUGUUUAAAAUCACUGCUGCUCUUUAGCUCAAUUACCUCUUAAUUUAUACAAAUAUGUCUUAAACUUGAAAGUAUGAGUUUAGGUUGAGACAGAAAAAUUGAUUUUAAUUUUUUUUUUUUAAUUUUUGUCUGGAUAAAAUUUUAAUUUAUAGUCAAGUUAGAGCUCUAACUUGAAACUAUACUUCCCCAAGUAAAUUGGUUAAUUUUAUUUGAGAAUAACCAGAUAUAUAUUAUGAUUAUGAGAAUAAAUUAAUUUAAAAAUAUUGAAAUCUCAAUCAAUCAAAAAGCUUAUUUUAAGAGAUUAUUCGAAAAAAUAUAAAAUGACAUGUUAUUUUGACAGUAUACAUAUGUUUUCAUAAGCAUCCUUGCGUGAAUUUGGCAUAACAUGCAAUCAUUAUCAUUAUUUUGAAUUAAAACAAUCAUUAUAUGCAUAUAAUAAUGCAAAUUUGUGUGAGUAUGUAUAGAGAUAAUGUGUGAUAUGUGCCUAAAUAAUAUAAACAAUUGAUGCCUAUAAAGCGAUUAUUUUAUCAUAAAUAAUUUAAGAAUCAUUAUUUGAAAAUACAAGUAAAAAUGAUACUUAAGUAAAUAUAAUAAUACUAAAAAAACAAUUUUCAUUUGCAGCAAGUUAUAUUCUUGUAGAAACAAAGAAAAUGUAAAAUAUUAUAUAUUUAUAAAAAUAAAAAAGAUUUAACCAAA